AUGUCUGAGGAGCGGUCAGAGCGGUCGGAUGGGAAGAUUGUGAAGAUGGAGGUCGACUACAGUUCGACUGUGGACCAGCGGCUUCCUGAAUGCGAGAAAAUGGCUAAAGAGGGCAAGCUGCAGGAGGCCGUGGAGAGCCUGCUGUCACUGGAGAAGCAAACCAGAACGGCGUCAGACAUGGUGUCCACCUCCAGAAUCCUCGUGGCUGUGGUUCAGAUGUGCUAUGAGGCCAAAGACUGGGACGCCCUGAAUGAGAACAUCAUGCUGCUCUCCAAAAGGAGGAGUCAACUCAAACAGGCUGUUGCCAAGAUGGUGCAAGAAUGUUACAAGUAUGUGGAUGCUGUGACUGAUCUGACCAUCAAGCUGAGGCUCAUUGACACACUUCGCACAGUGACUGCUGGCAAGAUCUAUGUAGAGAUUGAGCGUGCCAGACUGACAAAGACCUUAGCCAGUAUCAAGGAGCAAAAUGGAGAAGUCAAAGAAGCAGCUACCAUCCUCCAGGAGCUGCAGGUGGAGACAUAUGGCUCCAUGGAGAAGAAAGAGAAAGUGGAGUUUAUCUUGGAACAGAUGAGGCUGUGCAUUGCCGUCAAGGAUUACAUUCGUACCCAGAUCAUCAGCAAGAAGAUCAACACCAAGUUCUUCCAGGAGGAGGGCAGCGAGGAGUUGAAGUUGAAGUACUACAACCUGAUGAUACAAGUGGACCUGCACGAGGGAUCCUACCUGUCCAUCUGCAAACACUACCGGGCCAUCUAUGACACCCCCUGCAUCCUGGAGGACAGUGCCAAGUGGCAACAGGCCUUGAAGAGCGUUGUACUCUAUGUGAUCCUCUCCCCCUACGACAACGAGCAGUCAGACCUCGUGCACAGAAUCAACACAGACAAGAAAUUGGAAGAAAUCCCUAAAUACAAGGACCUCCUGAAGCAGUUCACCACUAUGGAGCUGAUGCGCUGGGCCUCCCUGGUGGAGGAUUAUGGGAAGGAGCUGAGGGAGGGCUCACCUGACAGCCCCGCCACAGACGUCUUCUCAUAUUCAGAGGAGGGCGAGAAGAGGUGGAAGGACCUCAAGAACAGAGUGGUGGAGCAUAACAUCAGAAUAAUGGCUAAAUAUUACACCAGAAUCACAAUGAAGAGGAUGGCUGGACUCCUUGACCUCUCCAUUGACGAGUCUGAGGAGUUCCUGUCCAACCUGGUCGUGAACAAAACCAUCUACGCCAAGGUGGACCGGCUGGCUGGCAUCAUCAACUUCCAGCGGCCCAAAGACCCCAACGACCUGCUCAAUGACUGGUCCCACAAACUCAACUCGCUCAUGUCGCUGGUCAACAAGACCACGCAUCUUAUUGCCAAGGAGGAGAUGAUCCACAACCUGCAGUGAAACCGGAACACAAGAGAGUGCAUUAUUAUUAUUUUUUUUUUUUUGGUUUUUGUUUUUUCCAAAUUUGUUUUUUUUUGUUGUUUUUGUUUUUCCUUCGGUGUGAAUGUUUUUUUGAAUACGCAGUAUAUUGAUGGACUGUGAAUGCAGCAUUAUUCCAGUGUCAUUUAAUCGAAGAAUAAUCUGCAGCAUAUAUAUAGCACCCUGACUUAGUUUGUUCAUUUUUACUGUCCAGCCAAGUUGAAACGUUCACAAUAAACACACAAGCAUCUCUCUGUCAGUGCGGUUAAAGACUGGAUGACCUCCAAACCUUUUUCUCAUUUGCGCGACUUGCUGUAUUAAAACAUUGAUUAAAGAGCUUUUUUUUAAUGUAUACAUGCAAUGUAAACAUUAAACUCCUCACAUCUGGUUAAUGGAUGUUUUCCCGAAGAGUGCGGCAUGUGGUUUGUGACAAGCAUCUCAUUAACAGAGCUGCAUGUGGUGGUUCUCCAUGGAGGUUUAUGCGGAGAUAGUUAAAGUUUUUACUAUCUCUCCCUGGUAUAUGUAUGUAUUAGUGCAAAGGCUGGUAAUUUGGUUUGAAUACUUGUAGUAGUACUGUGAGAUCACUAAUCAAACUGCCUAUAUUACUUAAUACAGAGUUCACCUUCCAGUUCAAAUUUCUGGAAGAUCUUGUAGACAGUGAAAGUCAGGGAAUUAACUAAUUUCUUGGGAUGAAUGAUGGACUUUCGUAGCAUUUGACAGCUUCAGUUUUUUAAAAAAGUUCAGCAUCAAAAUAUAUUUGAUGAUAUCAAACUUA